AUGCCGACCGAGAGACGUUCUUUGCGAUCCAAUAGCAAGUCAGAUACCUCUUCGUCUACUAACGGUGACAAAGCGCGCUCCAGCUCGCAGAGCUCGAGCUCCAACAAGGACAAGGCCGCGCCAGCCCGCGCCGCCGCCAGCAAGGCUACGAAAGCUGCUUCGUCGAACAACGCAUCCAACUCCGGAAUGGGUGAACAGCGUGACCAGCCGCAUACUAAUGGCGUGAACGGUUCUGAGGACAUUGAGAUGGAAGAGGAUACGGCAGGUGGGCCUACAUCCUCAUCCAACACCAGUAAGAAUCGGAAAGGUGACGAGAAGAUGACUGUUGUAGUGCCCCCCUCCAAGGGUUCGAGGCUAUCCGGAGACAAGGGCCAGGAUCAGCAGGGUGAUGUUGCCAUGGAGGGCGCCGAGAAUGAGGCCGAACCGGAGGUUGACCCCAAGGUCAAGGCUGUUCAAGAUAUCAAGGCCAACUUUACACUUCUCGAACGAGGCGUCGCCCACUUCGACCCCAGAUUUACACUGCGUGUGUUGAGAUCGAUAUCCUCAAUGCGCAAGCACAUCACCCCUGAUGUGCUGGCGGAAGUCAUCGUUGAGACCUACCCGCCAUCGAGCCCCACCGCCUCGUUCUUGCUCGAGGCCAUCGAUAAAUCUGGCGCGUUCGAUACAGCGGUAGCUAGUUCAAAGAUGGAAGUUGACUCGGAGAAGAACAAACCUUCACCCAAGGAGAUUUUGCCCGAGAUAGAUACCUACUUGUCUAUCCUCGUUCAGAUCUAUCUCUAUGAUAAGAAGGAUUUCCAAAGGGGUGCGAAGUUCUCAACUGCCUUGAUCGAGCGUCUGCGGACUCUCAACCGUCGUACUCUUGACUCUCUCGCUGCUCGCGUGUACUUCUAUUACUCCCUCUUCUACGAGCAGAUCGCCCCCCUUCCUCCAUCCCCCGCUGCAGCCGUCACGUCUAUCCGCCAGCCAUUGCUCGCGGCGCUCAGAACGGCAGUCCUUCGAAAAGAUGUCGACACUCAGGCUACAGUGAUGACCUUGUUGCUGCGAAACUACCUGUCUACCUCCCACAUCUCGCAGGCUGACUUGCUCAUCUCCCACAACAACUUCCCAUCCGCAGCAUCGAACAACCAGAUUGCUCGGUACCUAUACUAUCUGGGGCGCAUCCGUGCAAUUCAGCUGCAAUAUACGGAUGCUCAUGGGCACCUGAUCGGUGCCACGCGCAAGUCUCCGUCGAGUCAAAGUGCCCGGGGUUUCUAUCAAGCUUCCCACAAGCUGCUUGUGGUUGUUGAGCUGCUGAUGGGUGAUAUCCCCGACCGUGCGAUUUUCCGUCAGCCUGCUCUUGAGCGCGCUUUGCACCCAUACUUCUUACUUGUUCAGGCCGUUAGUGUUGGUGAUCUGGAUGGCUUCUUGAACAUUGUAAAUACGCACAGUGCAACGUUCAGAAAGGACGGAACCUACACCUUGAUCCUGCGCUUGAGACAAAACGUCAUCAAGACCGGCAUUCGCAUGAUGUCUCUCUCCUACUCUCGCAUUUCUCUCCGGGACAUCUGCCUACGGCUUGGUCUGGACAGCGAGGAGUCCGCAGAGUACAUUGUGGCCAAGGCAAUCCGUGACGGUGUGAUUGAGGCUACUCUGGAUCACGAGCAUGGUUACAUGAAGAGCAAGGAGGUUGGGGAUAUCUAUGCCACUCGUGAGCCUGGAGAGGUCUUCCACGAGCGCAUUCAAGCUUGCUUGGCUCUCCACGAUGAAAGUGUCAAGGCUAUGAGGUUUCCUAUGAACCAACAUCGCCUGGAGCUCAAGAGCGCGCAGGAAGCCCGGGAACGGGAACGAGAACUCGCCAAGGAGAUCCAGGAAGGGGACAUGGAUGAUGAGGAUGCAGGUGGAGAUUUCGACGCUAUCUAA